AUGCUGCCUUUUCCACCGAAUAACAGUGAAUGCGUUUGCUCCGAUUUGCAACAUGAUGACUAUUCACUGGCUUAUGCAUGGUUUAAUUACUUGCUCAUAAUUGUUGCAUUACCAACACUUUCAAUUUUUGGUGUGGCCACAAACAUCGUCAAUGUUUAUAUUUACUCGCGAAAAAGGAUGCAAAAUUCAGCGAACACUUAUUUAUUGUUCUUGGCGUGCAGUGACUUUCUGGUCAUAUUAACUGGUCUCUUCAUUUUUUGGAUUGAUUCAGCAAGGUCCUAUAUACCCGAGCUGGCGCGUGCUCCCUACACAACGGUCUAUACCUUACCAUUCGGUUAUAUGGCUCAAACUUGUAGUAUUUAUUUCACAGUUGCGGCCGCAGUUGAUUGCUACAUUAAUUUUUGCUUGCUUAUAGUGUCGAAAGAUAUGUCGAAACAGUACAUCAUAAAAAAAGCUGAUUUCCGGGUGGGAUCACUAACACGGCAAGUGAACUUUCAGUUCGGUCAUUUGUUGCAUUUCGCUGGCCAAGAUUAUGCUACCAGAUCUGUUUGUUUUGAGGAAAUAAUAAUCGAAAUUUGUCCCACGUCAUUAUUCUUCACAGUCAAUACAAUUUACAAUGUCUAUAUGUAUAUGGUACUAAUGACAUUACUGCCGUUUCUGUUCCUUCUCAUUCUAAACGCAAUUAUCGUUUAUCGUCAGUCGAGGAGCGCACAACAUGCUGAAAAAAGGCGCGCUUCACUGCAGAGUUCAUCCGAGAAACAACCGCUGAAGAUGGAUGCGAAUAACGCGCAGGGUGCUUCUGAUGGUACGAUCACAAUGAUUAUGGUCGUGGUGCUUUUUCUAUGCUGCAAUACUCUGGCUUUGAUAGUGAACAUAAUUGAAACGUUCUUCGAGCCCGAUACACUAUUGCUCAAUUUUCUUACCGAUGGCAGCAAUUUUCUAGUCAUCUUCAACUCGUCUGUUAAUUGCCUUAUCUACUUAAUUUUCAGUACGGAAUAUCGAGAAGUGUUCAUGUUAACUGUUAAAAAGAUGCGUAAAAAUUGCCUAUACGAAUGCUGUAAAUGUGGUCGUAAGGAUCCCAUUACCAAUACGAGGACUCAGCAGUGCCUGAUUAUGACUCAGAAUUCAUUGAAUGAUGACGCUUUCGUCACUGAGACAACAGCGAACGGCACCAAUGCAAGAUUGACGAGAGUUCUCGAUAAAAAACAUUACAUUGAACAUGAAAUGACCUCACCGACCUCGAACAAAACGCACAAAUUGGAUGAGGAUUUAGAGGCGGAUAGCGGUUGUGAGGAUUUGACAAUCAAUCAAGUAAGCGUUGUUGCAGCGAUGCAUCGAAUGUGCUCUCGAAGCAUCCGUACAAGACGGCAGAAACGAUGUUUAUCCUCGAAGUUGGAUUGCACAGGUGAGAAUAGUGGAUGGAGGUCUGCGUUCAGGAUCAACUCAACCGCAUAUUUGUAUUCAGCCACUCAACAGCUGUUGUUGUAA